AUGGCGCGCUCGACGCGCUCGGGCGAUGCGACGCGCGUCGACGCCUUGAUGCGCGCGGUCGACGCGGUCGCGGACGCGCUCGGCGACGCGGGCGAGGCGAAUCAUCGCGCGUUUCGGGACGACGCAGAACGCAUCGCGACGGCGCUGGAGCGAACGCUGACGCGCGACGAGGACGCGGACGCGUUCGCGGUGCUGGGCGUCGAACACACGGCUUCGAUGUGGACGGCGUGCGUGGACGCGUGGACGCGGGCGGCGGAGACGCGCGAGGCGACGCGCGCGACGGCGGCGACGCUGCGGGACGUCGCGGCGGCGGCGCGAGACGCGGAACGCGCGUGGGCCGCGAAACGCGCGCGAGGGGUGGCGAGAGAACUGGAGGAGGUGGAAUUGAGACACGACGCGCGAGUGCGCCGAGGCGAGGACGCGGCGCGAAGAGCGCGACUCGUCGGACGAUUUCGAGCGGAGGAGACGGCGGCGCGGGACGCGCUCGGCGACGCGGGCGAGGCGAGCGCGGGCGUGGACGUCGUGGCGCGGUUUCGAGCGCUCGAGGGCGAGUUUUUGUGGCGCGAGGAGUGCGUGCUGCGAGGCGAGCGCGGGGCGAGCGCGCUGGAGGCGAGCGUGCGGGCGUUCGAGCCGGAUUCGAGGGUGGGCGCGUUGGCGCUCGCGGUGACGCGCGCGGCGCGUUGGCGCGAGCGAGUGGCGACGUUCGAGGGACGGCGCGACGACGAAUUCGAGCGCCGAUGCGAUCAAGACGUCAUCGCGCGCAUGGAGGCGCAGCACCCCGCGCUCGUGGCGCAGUACGUGAUGUGGAUGAAAGACGCCGCGUUGGAGUCGAGCGAACGCGCGGCUUCGAGCGCCGUCGCCGCCGCGACGACGCAUCUCUACGAUUUCCUCCUCGCCCUCGACGCCGACGUCUACGACGCCGUUUUCGACGCCCAAGGCCGCGCGAACGUCCUCUGCGCGUCGUUCAACGCCCUCCACGUCCUGCGCUCGCGCGCGUCGCCGUCCUCGCCGCCGCCUCGGCUCGCCGCCGACGCGCGCGCGUUAAUCUCUCGUCUCGUCGUCCGCGUCGACGCCGAGCGCGACGCCGAGAUCGCGCUUCACGGCGACGACUGGGGCCAGGCCGCGUUCGCCGUCGUCGCCGCGCGCUUGGCGAGCCAGAGAUUACUCGAAGUCGUCGCGUAG